GCCGCAGCUCCAUCCCCAGCCCGGAACCCGCAUCCAGGCCGCCAGGAUGGACGUGUUCAUGAAGGGCCUGUCCAUGGCCAAGGAGGGCGUCGUGGCCGCCGCAGAGAAAACCAAGCAGGGGGUCACCGAGGCCGCGGAGAAGACCAAGGAGGGUGUCCUCUACGUUGGAAGCAAGACCCGAGAGGGGGUUGUACAAGGAGUGGCCUCAGUGGCUGAGAAAACCAAGGAGCAGGCAUCUCAUCUGGGAGGAGCCGUGUUCUCUGGGGCUGGGAAUAUCGCAGCAGCCACAGGCCUGGUGAAGAAGGAGGAAUCUCCCACCGGUAUGAAGCCAGAGGAAGUGGCCCAGGAAGCUGCAGAGGAGCCGCUGAUUGAGCCCCUGGUGGAGCCAGAAGGGGAGAGUUAUGAGGAACCGCCUCAGGAGGAGUAUCGGGAGUAUGAGCCAGAGGCGUAAGGGCCCAGGACGGCCCCCCACCAGCAGCACAAUCCCUUCCCUGUCCCGUGCCCCGCCCCCCAGAGCCAGGGUUGUCCUUCUACCCCUUCCCCUUAAAACACGAGAUCUUCCUUCGCUCUGAGGCGCCCCCUCGGAGCCUGUGUUAGAGUUUGUCUGUCUCACCUGCCCGCGUCCAACCCUGGGGCGUGGACAGGGCCGGGGCUGCGGCCACGGCUGAUAGCCUCGCCCCACCUAUGUUGCCCCCUCCCCACCCCAUCCCAUCCCAUCCAGUGUCUGCGCGGAUGUAGCAUGUUCGAUGUGUUUUUAAACGAGUCGGAAAGCAACGGCUCCCCUCCACCCCCGACAGAGGCUCUCUGAGGGGCCCCGGGCAGCCCCAGAACCGCCCCCACCCGCAUUCCCACAUCGACCCCAAGAACCUUUUUUUUUAACCAAAACCAGGAGCCAGGCUGUGCCAUGCCCCUCCCCCAGCCGGCCCGGUCCGAGCGCGGGCGUCGUGUGUCGUGAUUGUGGCAUGGAGAGUCCCCCACCCCCCGUGUGAGCGUGUCCCGGGCGGGCGGGCCCGGCCGCCCCCCGGGUGUCCAUGAAUAAAGCCAAUCUGUCGGUA